GCAGUGUUUUUCAGUCCGCUGCUCUCGAGUUGCGAAUGAAAAAUGUCUCCUUUUUUGUUUUGAUUUUCUCUGACUUGUGUGCUGCAUAAAUCGACAAAAACCACGUUAAUGUAUUGUUCUAGUUCCGCUUCCUUCUCUUAAUGUUUUAGUAUCUUGCUGUAUGAGUUUUGAGAACUUAAUUUUGGGAUUGGUUCUAUAUCGCUUCGUAUUUCCUCUCAAGGGGAAGAGUUCCAGGAGACUUUGAGAUUAUCUGGUCCAACUAAUUGCUAACCACAUGUUAUCCAUGGAUAAGAAGCCUUCGCAAUAGUUGUUCAUAUGGGUAGUAUUUGUAUUAUUCUCUGUGCCUACGUCAUCAAGCUUCCACAGAGUCAAGCACAAUAUCUAUGGAGCAUGAUAAAGUCCUGAAAAUAUAAAAGGUGAUAGACGUUGCUCUCAGUGUGCCUGCCCUCACAAAUCAAAUGAGUUUUGCUGUAUUAACACGUUGAGACAGAGUUGAAUGAAGACCUCACAGGAUCCUCAGUGUGCAGAAGUACAACCAUCCUCAGACGCUUCACCAGAUUUACAUGGUGACCCUCAAAGUAUUCCAGUUGUUGAAGCUCCUAAAGCAGAUUCAGGUUCAGCAUCCAAUGCAAACAAUUAUAGUAGAAAGGUUUCUCGCGAAGACAUUGAACUGGUGCAAAACUUGAUAGAAAGAUGCCUACAAUUGUACAUGAAUAGAAGCGAGGUGGUUCGAACAUUGUCUAACCGUGCUAGGAUAGAACCUGGUUUUACAACAUUAGUAUGGCAGAAAUUGGAAGAAGAAAAUGCAGAUUUUUUCAGAGCUUAUUAUAUUAGACUAAAGCUGAAGAAGCAAAUCAUUUUGUUCAAUCACUUGCUUGAGCACCAGUAUCAUCUGAUGAAGUAUCCUGUUCAGCCUAAGGUUCCAUUGGCUCCAAUUCAAAAUGGGAUUCACACAAUGCCUGUCAAUUUACCCAUGGGCUAUCCUAUUCUUCCUCAGCACGCAAUGCAAGUUACAGGCCAACCUCACAUUGACUCGAUGGCUUGUGGCCUCUCCAGUUGUCAUGUAGUCAAUGGUAUUCCUGCUCCAGGUGGUUUUCAUCCCAUUCGCAUCAACUCUGCGACCAACGGCACGCCUGAAGUGGCUCAUGCCACCCCUCCAUGUGGCACCAUUUCUUCCAUGUCGGAGAUGGCUCUGAGUCCUGUGUCAGCAGCAUCAAGCAAUCAUUUUCCUUUCACUCCAGAGAUGUCUGGGAUAGGCAUGGAUGCAACAGCUCUAGAAUCAACCUUCCCAUCUGAUGCAACGCACACGGGAGGGCUGCAACUAGGAUCAGAUGAUGGACACCCAAGAGAUGGAACGAGAUCUUUGGGACAACUCUGGAAUUUCAGCUUAUCGGAUCUGACAGCAGAUUUUUCAAAUUUAGGAGAUCUUGGAAUUUUGGGAGACUAUGAUGGUUCUCCUUUCUUGCCAUCAGACUCUGACAUCUUGCUGGGCUCCCCAGAACAGGAUGAUAUAGUGGAAGAAUACUUUGCUGAUGUUGCUAAUGGAUCGUGCUCUCACCAAUCGGACGAAGAGAAACCUUAGAGCAAGUUUUCGCUUUCCUUUUUCGCUUUCCUUUGAUGGUAAAUAGUACCGGCACCCUGGUUUCUCCUACAUAAUAAACUAAUAAACUAAUAAAGCUUGAUGCCAUGGAACAGCUGCUGUGCCUCAUCAAAGGUUGAUGGUUUGUGUAUUAAACUUAGUUAUUCGGCAGCAUCAACAAUGAUUUAGCUCGUACAAUUAGGAUUUCAUCGGCCGAUAGCUGCAGCUCGGCCCGAGUAUCACAACCCAAACCUUGUUGAAUCUGACUAGUAAGUUUUGAUGUGCAUUGGUCUUUAGAAAAUGUUGUUCCUGCAGUUGCUAUCGAUAAACUAUUGUGUUUGGAGUAGCUUGUGUGCUCAUGCUUGGUGAUGAACUAUCAUCACGGCCAAGCUCUCUUAUCCAAUCCUUAUUCGGUUCUGUUCUUGAUGUUUUUUUUUUGAAAGAAGAAAUGACAUCUAAAAGGGGAAUACAGAUUUAUUAAUAGCCUUU